ACUUUUUUCUUUUUUUAGAUUAGAUGCAUUCGUCGUUUUACACACGAUUUUUCUUUUGUUUAUUAAGUGAUUUGUGCCUAGGGAUGGAAGCGGGGAUGGGAGAGACAAAAAUGUUGUCUUACGGUGGAAAGAAAAAGAAAAAUUACUAAAUAUUACACAUCGAUUAUCAUUAAUAAAAUCAAAAUACUAUUAUUUUGACUAUUUUUUAUGCAUGGAUUAUCAUCAGUGAGAAGUUGCAUAGCAGUUGAGAUGUUAAGAAAAACGGUACGUUUUGGUUUUGCCUCUCCUACCUUCCCGUCCAUCUCUCUCUGAAUGUUGAUGGAAUCCUUUCCUGGGAAAUGGAAGCACGGUCGAUGGAAGUUCUUGGCACGCUUCUCAUUCCAUAGCCAAACUCCAGGACGCGGCGACUCUCGCAUUGUCUCCACCAACGUCGCCAUUACCCAUAACGCAGAAAAAGGCCAACUAGACUUUGCUCGAUACCUGUUCGAUAAAAUGCCAAAACGAACAGCUGUUUCUUGGAACACAAUGAUUUCCGGUUACUCCAAAUGGGGUAAAUUCAACGAGUCGCUUGCUCUACUUUCUUCUAUGCAUCGUUCCACCACCAAGCUCAAUGAGACCACUUUCUCCACUAUCUUAAGCGUCUGUGCUCGUUUGCCGUCGUCUGUGGAUGGAGAGCAGAUUCAUUGUCUUGUUCUGAAAUCCGGUUGCCAGAGUUUCGAGCUUGUAGGAAGUGCCUUGUUGUAUUUUUAUGCAAAUUGUUCAAAAAUUGAACAUGCAAGGCGGGUUUUUGAGGAGUUGCAUGAUAAGAAUGAGCUUCUGUGGAGUUUGAUGCUGGUAGGUUAUGUGCAGUGCGGGCUACUGAGUGACGCCUAUAACGUGUUUAUUGAGAUGCCUAAAAAAGAUGUUGUUUCAUGGACUAAGUUAAUUUCGGGAUUUGCAAAGAGCGAUAAUUAUUGUGAAAAAGCUUUAGCCUUGUUUCGAUGGAUGAGAGGAAGUGGUGAGGUGGAACCUAAUGAGUUCACCUUGGAUUGUGUUAUGAGGGUAUGUGGUAAGCUUGGUGCUUUAAACGAUGGAAUGGUUGUUCAUGGGAUUUUGAUAAAAUGCGGUUUUGAAUUUGACCAGUCAAUUGGUGGCGCCUUAAUUCAAUUUUACUGUGAUUGUGAAGCUAUUGAUGAUGCUAGGAGAAUUUAUGAUGGUAUAAUUAAUCCAUGUUCAAGCGUUUCAAGUUCCUUAAUUGAGGGGUGUAUAUCAAUGGGUAGAAUUCCAGAUGCAGAGUUGAUUUUUAACAGUUUGACCCAAAAAAGUUCGGAUUUAUAUAAUUUGAUGGUGAAAGGCUAUGCAAUGAAUGGCCGAGUUGAGGACUCAAAGAGGUUGUUUGAGAAGAUGCCUCAGAAAACACUCUUUUCUUCAAACACUAUGAUUUCUGUGUACUCGAGGAAUGGUGAAAUUGAUGAGGCUUUGAUGCUGUUUGAAAAAACGAAAGAGGAGAGGAACCCCGUGACCUGGAACUCAAUGUUGUCAGCGUAUAUUCAAAAUGAGCGGCAUGAAGACGCAUUAAAAUUGUAUAUAACAAUGCGCCAGUUGUUAGUAACCUAUACAAGAUCAACAUUUUCUGUUCUAUUCCGUGCAUGUUCAUGCAUGGGAUCACUUCAACAAGGCCAAAUGCUUCACGCCAAUUUAAUUAAAACACCAUUUGAAUCAAAUGUUUAUGUUGGAACUUCACUUGUAGAUAUGUAUUCUAAAUGUGGGAGCAUCGUUGAUGCGCAAAAGUCCUUCUCAAGUAUCUCUUCACCUAAUGUGGCAGCAUGGACGGCUCUUAUAAAUGGAUAUGCACAUCAUGGACUUGGCUUAGAGGCAAUUUUACUCUUUGAGCACAUGUUUGAGCAAAAAGUCGUUCCUAAUGGAGCUACUUUUGUUGGAAUUCUGACUGCUUGUGGUCGUGUUGGUUUGGUGGAUGAAGGAAUGAGAUUUUUCCACGCAAUGGAUGAAAUCUUUGGAGUAACUCCAAGUUUGGAACAUUAUGCAUGUGUUGUGGAUCUUCUUGGUCGGUCAGGGCGCCUACUUGAAGCGGAGGAGUUUAUUAAAGCAAUGCCAAUUGAAGCAGAUGCUGUUGUUUGGGCAGCUUUGCUCAGUGCUUGUUGGUUUUGGAUGGACAUGGAAGUGGGGGAAAGGGUGGCUAAGCAUAUGUUCCAUUUGCAUCCGAAGCCAAUGUCAGCUUAUAUCAUUUUGUCUAACAUUUAUGCAGUUUUGGGGAAAUGGGGGAAGAAGAUAAAUGUGAGGAACAGUUUGAGAAGCUUAGAGGUAAAAAAGGAUCCAGGUUGUAGUUGGGUAGAGCUGAAUAAUAGACUUCAUGUGUUCUCUGUAGAAAAUAGAGUUCAUCCACACUGUAAUGUUAUUUAUGCUGCUUUGGAGCAUCUAAAUGCAAAUAUAAAAUCUACUGUUCAAUUUAAUGGUGAGUCUUUGUCAAUAACAGAGAAUUAUUUGAAUGCAACUUCUGAUUGCUGACCAAGGUUAUUCUGGUGGUCUGUUCCAUAGUUUUAACUUUUGAAUUGCUGAUUAAAGCUCAUUUCACCUAUCCAAAGUGAAACAAUGUCUGUGAAUCUCUUUGUACAUUUUCAUAUAUUACUGCUAUAAAAUUAGAGAUUUCAUCUGCAUCAAAAUUUAGUUAUA